UUGUCAGAACACGCCUUUGAGUUCGAGUUUGGUCGUGUAGUUAAAAUCCUGUCGCUCAGGAAUUUUAUAAUCAUAUUUUAUGAAAAUGGGCACUACAACCUCGGAACAAUAAGGAAUUUGGAAAUUGAAUUGGACGAAGCACCAAAUGAUGGGCAGUUCUUCAAUGUUCUAGGAUCUGAGAUGUUCGAUGACAAAAUAGUAAUCCUGGCCAAAACCUUCACUCAAAGCUAUCUUCUGACCUACUCACUCGAAAACUGCAAAUUUAAAGUUGUUAAAAAGGACAUCCAGGGCGGAAAUGCCAUUGCCAGGCACUCAUCCAGCAUGCUUUUGAUUUUUAACAAAGAAGGAUUGUGGAAGUACCAGGAUAAGCUUGUAUUUAUCAAAGAAUUUGCAAACUUCAAAAUCGCCUGUUCAUACUUUGACGAGGAAAAUAACAGAACGCUGCUGUUUUGCAGCAAUGGUGAGGUGAUAUCGAUCAACUCGGACUUUUCACACUUGACGGUUGGAUUUACCAAAUCAAAAAUAGCAUCUGUAGCUAAAAUCGGCACCACUUUCUUCUGCGGAUCAAUCCAGCUAUCCUAUUUUCUGAGGAUUGCCGACCAUCUCAUAAUAUUGAAGGUACUUGGAAAUGUCCUUAGUGGCAAAGCAGGCCGCAGUCUUAAUGACCACUGCUCUUCUCUGAGAUCCCGGCUUUUGUUGAAGCUGCUGUACCAAAGAGAGCUCAGCUCCGAUCCAGUUUCACUGGACCACGGAUCUUCAGGCGAUUGGCCAAUAAAAAAGAUCCAAGAGUCUGCCAAUAUUGCAAUCGACGAUGUAGCCAAAAGACUUCUCGAAAUUUGUGAGUUGAGAGAUGAAGCACCAUGUUUUAUGGGAUAUUAUAGAGGUGACCGUUUCUUCAUUUUUAGUUUUGAGCAGUUUAGUGUCAUAAACAAUUGUUGUUUUGAGCCAGUUGUAAAUGCAUCGUCCUCUUGCAUAUUCACAUCAAAGAGGAUACUGUGCUUUUCGCAAGAAUGCAUUUUUCAGUUCAAUCUUGAGUGCUCGCGCGUAAAAAUUUACCAGGAUCUAGCACUGGUCUAUUCUUUCGGGUCCUUGUAUUUGUUCAAUACUAGCUCACAAUCAUUUAAAUCAUGCAGUGUUUCCUUCGAUCUCUGCGACUUUAUAUUAAGAGACGAAAAGGUUCUGUGCAUUGAUUUCGACGAAAAAACUCACAUCAUUGAGGAGGCUGGCUUCAAUAUAUUGUAUAUUGAGAAGCAUGCUCUUUCCUUUGACGAUCUGUUUGGCGAGCAUUGCCAAAUGCUAUCUUUGAGCAAUUCACAGACCUUCAACUCAAAGUAUCUUUGUGAUUUUUGCACCGAUCUGCCAAAGCCGUUUCUUGUUGCAAACGGCAAAAUUUUUACAUUAAUAGAUGGUAUUAAACCUUAUGUUUUGCUUAGCUCGGGCUCGUAUAUUCAUAACAUUACCCACUGCAAAAAUUAUCUGAUUGUCUCGGGCUCAAACACCAUUGUUUUUGACACUACAGGUGCAAUGACUUCAUACUGCAACUUCAAAUCUACAAAUUCAUUCAUGGUUGAUGAUAGCAUCUAUGCCUGUCUGCCUUCAGGCCAGAUUCAGCAAAUUGUUCCAGAAACAUUAUGUUUUGCAGAGAACCUCUUCAACGAAAAAUAUGCUUGUCAUACCUGUAAGACUUCGACAGAGAUCAGUAUUGACAGGAAAAGCAUCAAGUAUUCUCUGGGUACAAGCACACUUGAAUAUGCAAACUACGUCCAAAAGUUCAGCUGUGCUGUGCGUAAGAAUCUCUUUUGUGUCGGGCUGAUUUCUAUUAAUUUUGAUAGAAACAAGCUUGUAUUCUUCUCCACAGACAACAAAAAAUUGAAGAUAAGACACACCAUUGAGCUCUCCAGCAUGCCAAUAUGUGGGUGUGCAUAUAAAAAUAACGUGUGUGUCGUUACCUCUGAUAGCAUUAUGCUGAUAUCCUUAAAGUACGGAAAGAUUAAAAUUUCUGAGAAGAUCAAAAAUACACAUUAUCCAUGCAAGGGCCUUGAGUUUUACAACGAGAGCACAGUGCUAGUAACAACGCUUGAUUGGUUUUAUCUGGUAGUAAACCUAAAGAUGAAUCUUGUGAAGAAGAUCCAAACUGAAAACUUCUGCAUUCCUUUUAUGAUCAAUGGAAUAGACGGGCAUGCAACCAGGAAUAUGCUGCAUUAUCACGGAGCAGUUAUCGACUGCAUUGAGGAUGUCGCCUACAUCGUCAGCCAUAAGAAUUCAAUUCUCAUUUUAACCACAAAUGGCAGUGUUCUGUUUCUCCACACUAUUCAGUCUGAUACAUUUAGGUUUAUUUAUGACUCUGCACCAAAGGUGAUUAACAAUCUUGUCGAACACUAA